UGUGACUCCAGUAACUCCAGUACAGCAGGGGGCGCUAUGAAGCUCUUUAGUCCGCCGGUAAACUCACUAAACAAAGACAGAAGAACUCACAGUUUGUUUAGAUGUUCAGCUGCUGUGUGUUUGUUUAUGUCUUUCAUGUUGUGAUAUUUAUGUGAUCUUGAGAUGUUGAAGAUGAGUUUGCAGGUGGAUCUGAUGUGCUGUAAAUCAGUAGGAACUGAUCUGUCCAUGCUGGAUAUUGAUGAUUUCAUGACAGAAAUCUCUCAGCUGAAGAAAGAGGUGGCGUUACUGGAGGCAAAGCUGAGGGAAAGAGGAGAUCCACUGAACGGAGAGGAGCUGGAGAAGGUUUCCUGUCAAUCUUCAGUGUGUGUGACUGAUGGGACCUCCACAGAAUGUCAGGAUUCAGUGUGGAGCGUCAGAGAUCAGAGAUCCAGAGACACACAGGACUCAGAGCUCAGCCUCACUUUACUCUGUUAUACUGACGCUCAGGAGAGUGUGUGUGACAGUAAUCAGGGUGAUCAAACCUCCACAGAGUCUCUGGCUUCUGUCUGUAACGCUGGAGAACAGCAGAUGCUGCAGAUACCAUUGAAGAUGUGUUCAGUGAAGCUGCUGGACUGCAGGAACCUGAUGGAGAUGAGAGGAGAAACCACAGCAGAGGAACAGCAGAGUGAGGAGGAUGAGGAGGAGGAGAUUGACGAUUAUAUUCAACAAGACAAACACGAUGAAGAUGAAGAUGAUAAUGAUUUUAUUCCUUCAGAUGCAGACAAAGGUUCAUCUUCUGAUGGAGAAAUGGCUUCUACAUCAAAAGAGCGUCUGACAGCACAGAGUCUUUCCUGCAUCACCUGUGAGAAGACAUUCAACUCAAAGGGACGUCUAGCGAGACAUGAAAGAAGACACACAGAACAGAAAUUCUUCAAAUGUAGGAGAUGUGGGAGCAGCUUUUCUACCGCAGAAGAGAAGAAACUCCAUUCAGAAGUGCACAGAGGAAAGGGGUUCCACUGUGAGCAGUGCGGGAAGGUUUUCUUUAUUCCUUCUCUUCUGAAAGUUCACAUGAAGACACACAGUGAUGAAAAGCCUUUCCACUGCAGUGAGUGUGACAAGUGUUUCAGAACUAAAGGAAACCUUGUUGAACAUGAGAGAACACACACGGGAGAGAAACCAUACAAGUGUCCUCACUGUGAGAAGAGAUUCAGACACGCAAACUAUCUAAAGAAGCAUGUCCGUUCGCACACCAAUGAGAGGCCGUAUCAGUGCAGUGAAUGCGGGAAAACCUUUGCAGACUCAUAUAGUCUAAAGUCACAUCAGAAAAUACACUCCAAGGAGAAACCCUUUCAAUGCUCACACUGUGAUAAAUAUUUCCGUCUUAAGUCUCAGAUGAUGCGUCAUAAGAGAAUGCACUCUGGAGAGAAACCUUACCUCUGCUCUCAUUGUGGAAAGAGCUUUUCUGAUCGAUCUCAUUUUAGAGUUCAUCAGAGAGUGCACACGGGAGAAAAGCCUUAUGCCUGUAUUGUUUGUGGUACGGCUUUCCGUCAACACAGUAAUUUAGUUCAGCACCAGAGAACACACACUGGAGAAAGACCGUACAAAUGCACUCAGUGUGACAAAACGUUUGCUCGAACAGAUGUCCUGAAAACCCAUCUGAGAAUGCAUACAGGAGAGAAACCUUACAGCUGCUCUAUCUGCGGGGAGGGAUUCGCUUAUUUAGGAAGUUUUAAUUCUCAUCAGAAGAAACAUGCUAAAGAGCAAACUGCCCUGGAAUCUCUAUAGCAUCUUUUCACAGCUAAAUCUGUUAAAAAGAAGCUGUACAUUGUGCUCUUAUUGAGAGUAGGGGGCAGUAUCACAUUAACCUUUGAUGUGGUUUGAGAAUAAAGAUGAAUUAAUUUAAAUAAAGUUAAUGUAACUGUUUUAGUAACAAUAUGAUUUAAUCAAGGGGAAUAUGACUUUUCAUCACUAUUGUGUUGUGAUAGUUUUUUUCAGCUUUUAUUUCUUUCAUCACAUUCCCAGUGGGUCAGAAGUUCACAUACACUUUGUUAGUAUUUGGUAGCAUUGCCUUUAAAUUGUUUAACUUGGGUCAAAUAUUUUUGGUAUCCUUCCUCAAGCUUCU